AUGAAUUAUUCUUACGGGUAUGAUACAGGGUUCGACGGUGGUGAGGAUGCUACUGCUCAAGCAGCUGUUUUUGCAGCAGGACAACAACAUCUACAAUUACAAUACCAUCGUCGUGCACAAGCUGAGGCUGCUCAGCAGCAAAGACAGCAUGGACAAACACAAGGCCAGAUUCACCUCCAACGACAGCUGCAGCUGCAGCACCAGCAUCGCCAACAACAACAGCAUCAACAACAUCUCCAACAUCUCCAACAACAACAACCAAUGUUCCACCACCAAUAUGCUAAACCACGUAGCGAAAUCUUUGUCACCAAUGAGGGUAAACCAAUGCCCUUUUUCAUUCAUUUGGGUGAACCAAAUAGACAAAAGUACGUUACGGCGAUAAUUGAAAACGGAGGUUUUAUUGCCGAGGGAGGUAUUGAAGACAUAGUUUAUUUAAGCUCAACAGUCAAGAAUAGAGAGGGCUAUGUAAGAAUGCAAUACAUCGACGAUUGUAUUGCGUCAGGACAAUUGUUGCCAAGUCAUAAUUAUAUCAUUGCAACUAUACCGGAAGAUCUGGAACCUAUGAUUGAUGUGCUUGGAUUGGAACAACAUGGUCAUCAAAUGAGACAUUUCCAGCAGCAACAACAGCAGCAGCAACAGCAACAGCAACAACAACAACAACAGCAACAGCAACAACAGCAACAUGUUUUGCCACAUCAGAUUCAACACAUGCAGGUGAUAGAACAACGACAGGCACAGUUGAUGCAGCAACAGGCACUAGUGAUCAAGUCAGUUACAGAUGUGAAGAAAAGAAGUAGUUUGAGCUCUUCAUCGAAAUCGCUGGCCAAUAGAUUUACCGAGGAGAAAGAUGCAUAUAUUCUAGAUCAAAUUCGAAGAAAUCCUAGAUUAAGAAACUCGCAUGAGUUUUUCAGACAAUUGGCUGAGCAUGACAUCUUGAGUAAACAUACUGGGAAUUCCAUUAGGUCACGUUAUAGACGACAUUUGGAGCCAAAAUUGGAGUUUGUGUACAAGACAAAUAAUCAGGGGAAACUAAUCAAGGAUCCAAGUACGGGACUGUUGAUUAAAGUUGGUUUGGAUCAGUUGCCACAGACCUUGAAGAAUAAAUUCACGGCUGAGGAUGAUUACUUUUUAUGCAAGACUGUUAUGGAACAUAAUCAAAAAGUUGCUGAGUCUAAGGGUCUUGAAUUUGAUCCUAUAAAGAAUGUGAAUUUGUCCUACCUGUUUUUCAAUGACAUGUAUCGAAAGAAUCAUAGGCAUACAUUGCAUUCAUGGAGGGAUAGGUGUAGGAAAUAUAUUACCGAGGGGACAAUUGUUGCGUAUAUGAAAGAAUAUGAGAGGUGUAUGAGAACGGGUCAGACUCCGAAAUUGUUGACCAAAAUCCCACCCCAUGUUGCUGAAUUGCAGAGUAUAAAGGUCGAACAUGAUAAACACGAUGAACCGAGUGCUGGUGAUGGAAAGGACGUAAUGCAACAACUGAACUCACGGGGAGAGGUGACUGAGGAAGAUGAUGAUGAUGACAAUGAUGCAAAGUUUGCCCAAGCUGCUAAGGCAGCUGAAGCUUUAGCUACACUGGCUGCUGCAGCCGAAAACGGCAAUGAUGUCGCAGAUAAAAACGAGUUUUCAUUGAAUCAAGAGAUCAGUAAGUUGAAAAGCUCUAAUAUUGAUCAUACUUCACAGAGACGUACGCGUACUGAUUUGGAGAAGGAGGAGGAAGAAGAAGAGGAAGUAGAAGAAGAAGUAGAAGAAGAAGAGGGAGACAAAGAAGAGAUAGAUGUUGAUGACAAUAUUAUGAAUGUUAUGGAGAGUGCUUCCUUGGAGCACGAUAUUGGAGAGUUGAUGAACUCGGAUAUUGCGUAUGCUUUGAAUAAUAAACGUCAAAAAGUAGCAGGUGUUGAUGAGCAUGUGAAUUCUUUUAGGGACAAGAUUGAGAUUCCCAAGUUAAGUCCCAUUACAUCACUAAGAAAGUUCAAGGGGAGAAAUGUGGAUUCAGGAGAUGGUGGUGAUGAUGUUGGUAAUAACGUGGAUGUAGAGGAAAAUGAGGAAGACGAAAAUGAAGAAGCAGAAGCAGAGGAGGAGGGAGAAACUUAUGUUGAUGCUCUUGAAACUACUGAGAACUUUAAUGAAAGUUCACAGUUGGAAGUGGAUCGUAAUGAUGGUGAUAUGCAUCAAACUGGAUCUCCAUCGCAGUCUCAAGAAUUCUUUUCCAUACCUAGAACCGAAACUAGUCAGACUCAGGAACAGGAAGUACAAGAAACAGAAGAGGAGGAACCUCAACGUAGCAGAAGAAGAGAGGUUGAGUCAACUCAAAAUGAGACACAACCAACACAAACACAGAGUGCGGUUGAAUUGAAGUAUCUUGAUGAGGAUGUUACUUUUGAUGAAGCUAUUCAUCUAACAAAAUUCAUUAAAUUUGCCAAUCAUGAAGAACCAAGAUUAGUUUUAACGGCAAAUCUCAUGGAUGGUGAUAUAGAGACUAUUUAUCAAAAUUUGGGGAAAUUGGGAUUCCGCGACAAUUUUAUUAGCCAUAUCAUAUAUACUUGUUCAGGAGAAACGUCCGUAAUGAUCAAUUAUAUAGCGACGUUUCUUCAGAUAUGGUUAAAGGAGCUCGAGAGUGAGGCUGGUGGUAGUAGCACUACUUUGAAAAGUUUCUAUAGUUAUUUGCCAUUCAAAGGCCUUCAUGGGAUUUGGAAUCGUCAAUUUGAUGCAUUAUUAGGGACAGAGAACGAGAAGAAAUUGGCCAAAUACAAGAGUGGUAUUGAGAUUGAAAGGAGAAAAGAAUUCAUUGCUGAUUGUGAAGAAGAACAUCUGGACAUUGAGGAGGAGGAGGAGGAAAAUGUUGUGGAGAAGCGAGGUGGUUUUUCUUUAAGCCGUGAAGCUUGGUGA